AUGGCGGUCAAUCCCACCCCCUUCUCUCGGCCCGUCCCGGUCCCGGUCCUCGAGAGCAUCAGCAACCACCUAGCGUCCAUGAUGAUGUCUGGGGACGCGGACGCCCUCAGCACCUUGUGCAACUUGCGGCUCAGUUCCAGCGACGCGUGCUAUGCGGCAGGACCAGCACUGUUCCGGCGUCUGGCAAUCGACCACGCUUUUGCGCAGCUCGUGCUGCCGGACAAUGAGAGCAGUACAGACCGCAAGCACGACGCCUCGCGCCGCCUCCGUGUCCUCCGGUGUAUCCGGUCGACAGAGCACCUCGUCCUCGACACACUGCCCUCGCGAGCCGUCACCGACCUGCUCAUCGCAGGGCUCGCAGAGCUGGGCGAGUCACGUGCGCCGUUCUUCCCCAACCUCCGCAAGGUGCAGUUCACAUCACACGCCUUCGUCCAGUUAUCCGGGGGCGAAUUCAUGAACCCCAAGCGCACGCUCACGGCCGAGGACCUGCCGUUCAUGAAUCUCCUCGUCACGGUCGGUAAGGGGAGGGUACAGGAUGUCUGCGUCACGUUCCCGCUCAUCAGCGAAGUCAACGUCGCGCUCCCGCCAGCCAAAGACGGUGACGACGAGGGGGCACGCCAGGCCAAGUUGAGAGACUACGUGCGCAUGGUCUGGCAGCAGGAUCUCUGCCCGCUCUACCCUCUGUUCGAGGUGUGGGAUCCCAAGCGGUUUACGCUGCACAACUGCAAGUUUCGCGGCGAGUGGCCGGCGUUCGCGAGCGACAAGCGCAAGACGGUGCGGUUCUUCGGUCCGCACCACGCGUGCAGUGUGCGCGGCCACGGUCCCGAGCCGCUGUGCUGCGACGACGAUCCCGAGUCGUGGCACAACCUCGGCGAGGUGUGGCAGGACGCGGCCGACUUUUUGCGGUCCGGCUCAGGCUCAGCACCACGGUCGGGACCGGGCGGCGAGUGGGACGGUGCCGACUUCGAGGUCGUCAACGCCGGCGCCAACAUGGUCCUCGAGUGUGACUGCGUGCCAGCCUUUUCGCGCGCCAUGGCCCGCUACCGCGCGACAGCGUGCGGCGAGGGCGUGAUCAAGGCACCGCACUGGUCAGACGCGGUGCCGUGCACUGUGUGUGCGGUCGGCGUUGCGCCAGGACGGAACAUCCAGGACGUGCCGGACGGGAGCGUGUACGAUAGAGAACCUGGAUGUGAGAACCAACACAUGUGGCUAGAGGAUCUGCUGCUGGAGGAUGAUUCUGACGACGACGACGACGAAGAUUGA